AUGCUCGCCUUGCUGGCCCUCCUGCAGGGAGUCCCAGGCAGGGAGACAGCCCCGAACCCGUCCCCCCUGGUGGGCUCCAACUGGGGAAACCCGAGGAGGUACGUCCAUCUGCAGACCUCUACGGAGCUCAACAACUUCUACUUGGAGAUCAAACUGGACGGAACCGUGCGGAAGGCCACCAGCAGGGGUCCAUACAGCGUCAUCAUGCUAAAGGCUGACACCCGAGAACGUCUCGCCAUCCUGGGCGUGAAAAGCAGUCGGUACCUUUGCAUGGACCUGGAUGGAACACCCUUCACCUCAUCUGUGUGUCUCCGUGACGACUGUCUGUUCGACCACAAACUCCUGGAGAACAACCGGGACGUGUUCUACUCCAGCCGGACCGGCAUCCUCCUCAACCUGGAGGGCUCCCGCCAGGUCUUCUCUGCGGGCCUCAACCUGCCGCAGACGUCGCUCUUCCUGCCCAAGAAGAGCACGGUGCCUCUGGAGCGCCUCCUGCUGCACAGGGAGAAGAGGAACCGGCUGCCGGACGCCGCCGAGGGCUCCGACUCCAGGGCCGUGCCGGAGGACGACGCCGAACCGGAGACGGAGCUGGAGCCCGGGGACGAAGGAAGGAACGCGUCCCGGGAGAUGCUCCAGGAGCCGCCGGCGCCACACGACCCCUGGAGUGUACACUCGUCCAACCCGGCCAGCCCCAGGAGCACCGGAACCAUGGGAUGA